AUGACACUGAUGGCUGCGGGGGCUUGCUGCCUCAGCCCGGAGGCCAAAGAGGCUCGGAGGAUCAACGACGAGAUCGAGAGGCAGCUACGCCGCGACAAGAGGGACUCGAAGCGGGAAUACAAGCUGCUCCUGCUCGGGACUGGUGAAAGCGGCAAGAGCACCUUCAUCAAGCAAAUGAGGAUCAUCCACGGCCGAGGCUACUCUGACGAGGAUAAGCGGGCCUUUACCAGGCUGGUGUACCAGAACAUCUUCACUGCCAUGCAGGCCAUGAUCCAAGCCAUGAAGACACUGCAGAUCCCAUACAAGUACCACUACAACACGGCCAAUGCCGACAUUGUCUGCGAGGUGAACGUAGAGACCGUGACGAUGUUUACAAAAGUGUAUGAAGACGCCAUCAGGAGCCUGUGGGCUGACCCGGGGAUCCAGGAAUGUUACAGUCGCAAGAGAGAAUACCAGCUCUCGGACUCAGCUAAAUACUACUUGAAUGACUUGGACCGCAUAGCGGAUGCCGCGUACCUGCCGUCACAACAGGACGUGCUGCGGGUCAGGGUGCCCACCACAGGUAUCAUCGAGUACCCCUUCGACCUCGAGAACAUGGUGUUCAGGAUGGUGGAUGUGGGCGGGCAGCGUUCGGAGAGGAGAAAGUGGAUCCACUGUUUCGAGAAGGUCACAUCCAUCAUGUUUCUGGUGGCACUUAGCGAGUACGACCAAGUUCUGGUGGAGUCGGCACACGAGAAUCGCAUGGAGGAGAGCAUGGCCUUGUUUCGGACAAUCAUCUCCUACAAGUGGUUUGAAAAGUCCUCGAUUAUCUUGUUCCUCAACAAGAUUGAUUUGCUGGAGGAGAAAAUCAUGCACUCGCAUUUGGUCGACUACUUUCCUGAAUAUAAUGGUCCGCAGCGGGACGUGAAGGCGGGCCAGGAGUUUAUCCUGAACAUGUUCGUCAACCUUCACCCUGACCGAACAAAGCUGAUCUACUACCACUUCACAUGUGCCACCGACACAGACAACAUCCGCUUCGUCUUCCACGCUGUAAAAGACCAUAUCCUGCAGGGCAACCUCGAAGACUAUAACCUGGUGUGA